GCUGCCUGCCUCCUAGUGAGAGAAAGUCCACAUCCCUCCUCUCCCUUCACCCACCGUAUAAACAAUUCCCAUCACAUUUCACUGUUAGUUUGCACUGAUUAAUCAAUUUUCGUUAGCCUCCACUCCCUUCGUCAAUCAUUUUCCAUAUAAUAUAUAUAUAUAUAUAUAAAUAUCUCCAUUCUCAUUGCUUUCCGGCAGCGUUACACUGAUUGGGAUAGCAGAGAGCAGACAGAGAGAGAGAGAGAGAGGGGGGGUCAAUCGAUUUCGAUCCCUUGAUCUGCGCAUGAAUUUGGGUUGUGGGCUCGAUCCGCAUUGUGAUUUUCCGUCUCUCUGUCUUCGAUCUUGAGCUGAAUUGACUGUCACUCCUCGGUCGAGAGUCCACGGUCUCUGUCGGGUCAAGGUAUUGGUGCGGAGAGGUCUUCCGAGGGAAAAAGAGAGUGCUUUUGGAGUGGGACAUAGCAUAUAAAGCAGAUUCCAUUUGCUUUUGGCACGUUGAAGUUGUGGGGCUUUUAAGAAUGUACAGAUCUUGAGCAAAAGACAGAUCUUUGGCUCUCAUCUAAGCAAACAAGAGCACUUGCUAUGGAGUCUGAAGGUGAAAGCGGGGGAAAGCCCAUGAAAAAUCUGGGUGGUCAGGUGUGCCAGAUCUGUGGUGAUACUGUCGGAAAGACUGUUGAUGGAGAGCAAUUUAUUGCAUGCGAUGUCUGUGCCUUUCCUGUCUGCAGACCGUGCUAUGAGUACGAGAGGAAGGAUGGGAACCAGUCCUGUCCUCAGUGCAAAACUAGAUACAAGAGGCAUAAAGGAAGUCCUGCCAUUCUAGGCGACAGUGAUGCUGAAGACAGUGCCAGUGACUUCAAUUACGCUGAAGAGCCUCAGGGCCAAAAGCAGAAGCCUGCAGAGCGCAUGUUGAGUUGGCAUAUGACAUAUGGACGAGGCGAAGAUGUUGCUCCUCCAAACUAUGACAAAGAGGUUCCUCACAACAUUCCUCUGCUUCCUGGUAGACAGGAGGUUUCUGGAGAGUUAUCUGCUGCUUCACCUGAACGUCUUUCAAUGGCCUCUCCUGGAGCCGGUGGUGUGAAGCGUAUCCAUUCCCUCCCCUAUGCAUCUUCAGAUGUUAAUCAAUCACGUACAUUCCUCUCUCUCCCCCUCUGGUCUUGCAUGAAUUAUCUGUAUUUUGUUACAGGCUACAGUUUCAUGAUAAUGUCUGUGGAAUCUGGCUCUUUGUGUGCAGCUAACAUCAGAGUUGUGGAUCCAGCAAGGGAGUUUGGUUCACAUGGACUCGGCAAUGUAGCAUGGAAAGAACGAGUUGAUGGCUGGAAGAUGAAGCAGGAGAAACCUGUUGCUCCUGCAAUGAGCACUGGUCAGGCCACUUCUGAAAGGGGAGGUGAUAUAGAUGCCAGCACUGACAUCCUUGUUGAUGACUCUUUACUGAAUGAUGAAGCUCGGCAGCCUCUGUCAAGGAAGGUUUCUAUCCCAUCAUCUAGAAUAAAUCCUUACAGGCUGGUGAUUGUUCUCCGGCUGGUUAUUCUCUCCAUUUUCUUACACUACCGGAUCACAAAUCCUGUGCCCAAUGCAUAUGUACUCUGGUUAAUUUCUGUGAUCUGUGAGAUAUGGUUCGCAAUAUCUUGGAUCUUGGAUCAGUUCCCAAAAUGGUUUCCUGUAAAUCGUGAAACGUAUCUCGACAGGCUUGCUAUCAGAUAUGACAGAGAGGGAGAGCCAUCACAAUUAGCUGCUGUUGACAUCUUUGUCAGUACAGUGGACCCUCUAAAGGAGCCUCCUCUUGUGACAGCGAAUACCGUGUUGUCCAUUCUUGCUGUUGACUACCCAGUGGACAAGGUCUCUUGCUAUGUCUCUGAUGAUGGUGCUGCAAUGUUAACUUUUGAAGCACUUUCAGAGACAUCAGAAUUUGCCAGGAAAUGGGUCCCUUUCUGCAAGAAAUAUAUCAUUGAGCCUCGGGCCCCAGAAUGGUACUUCGCCAAGAAGAUUGACUAUUUGAAGGACAAAGUUCAUCCAUCAUUUGUCAAAGAUCGCAGAGCUAUGAAGAGGGAAUAUGAAGAAUUUAAAGUCCGUAUCAAUGGGCUUGUCGCCAAGGCCCAGAAGGUUCCUGAGGAAGGAUGGGUUAUGCAAGAUGGUACACCAUGGCCUGGAAAUAACAUCAGAGAUCAUCCAGGAAUGAUUCAGGUUUUCUUGGGGCAGAGUGGAGGGCUUGAUGCUGAGGGUAAUGAGCUGCCACGACUGGUCUAUGUUUCUCGUGAAAAGCGACCAGGCUUCCAACAUCACAAGAAAGCCGGUGCUAUGAAUGCUCUCGUUCGUGUAUCUGCUGUGCUUACAAACGGACCUUUCUUGUUGAAUCUUGAUUGUGAUCACUACAUAAACAACAGCAAGGCCUUGAGAGAAGCUAUGUGUUUCAUGAUGGACCCCAACCUCGGGAAACAAGUCUGCUACGUCCAGUUUCCUCAGAGGUUCGAUGGUAUUGAUAGGAACGAUCGAUAUGCCAAUCGCAACACUGUAUUCUUUGAUAUUAACUUAAGAGGCUUGGAUGGCAUUCAAGGUCCUGUUUAUGUGGGUACUGGGUGUGUGUUCAACCGGACAGCCUUAUACGGUUAUGAACCUCCAGUAAAACCAAAACAGAAGAAAUCUGGUUUCCUCUCUUUGUGUGGUGGAUCAAGAAAGAAGAGUUCGAAAUCGGGUAAAAAGGCUUCAGACAAGAAGAAAUCUAGCAAGCAUAUGGACCCCACUGUUCCUAUUUUCAGUCUGGAGGAUAUAGAAGAGGGGGUAGAAGGUGCAGGAUUUGACGAUGAGAAGACAUUACUGAUGUCCCAAAUGAGUCUUGAGAAGAGGUUUGGUCAGUCUGCUGUUUUUGUUGCCUCUACACUAAUGGAGAAUGGUGGUGUCCCUCAAUCUGCAACUCCCGAAACUCUUCUUAAAGAGGCCAUCCAUGUCAUCAGCUGCGGGUAUGAAGAUAAAACAGAAUGGGGAAGUGAGAUUGGAUGGAUUUAUGGAUCCGUCACGGAAGAUAUUCUCACCGGAUUCAAGAUGCAUGCCCGAGGUUGGCGAUCAAUAUACUGCAUGCCGAAACUCCCAGCUUUUAAAGGUUCUGCUCCCAUCAAUCUUUCUGAUCGAUUGAACCAAGUGCUUCGUUGGGCUCUUGGUUCGGUCGAAAUUCUAGUGAGUCGACAUUGCCCCAUAUGGUAUGGGUACGGGGGGAGGCUAAAGUGGCUCGAGAGAUUUGCAUAUGUUAACACCACAAUAUACCCAAUCACCUCGAUUCCCCUUCUGAUGUAUUGUACCUUACCUGCCGUCUGCCUGCUCACCAACAAGUUUAUCAUCCCACAGAUCAGCAACAUUGCUAGCAUAUGGUUUAUCUCCCUUUUCUUGUCCAUUUUUGCUACUGGUAUUCUGGAAAUGAGGUGGAGCGGGGUUGGGAUUGACGAGUGGUGGAGGAACGAGCAGUUUUGGGUUAUUGGAGGCGUCUCCUCUCACUUCUUUGCAGUCGUCCAAGGUCUUCUCAAGGUCCUUGCCGGCAUCGACACCAACUUCACUGUCACGUCAAAAGCCUCCGAUGAGGAUGGGGACUUUGCCGAGCUCUACAUGUUCAAAUGGACAACCCUCCUCAUCCCUCCCACCACCCUCCUCAUCAUAAACAUAGUUGGAGUUGUUGCUGGGAUUUCUUACGCCAUUAACAGCGGAUACCAGUCGUGGGGCCCGCUCUUUGGUAAAUUGUUCUUCGCGUUUUGGGUGAUCGUCCAUCUCUACCCCUUCCUUAAAGGUCUGAUGGGAAGGCAGAACCGGACCCCCACGAUUGUGGUCGUUUGGUCGAUCCUUCUCGCAUCGAUCUUCUCCCUCUUGUGGGUAAGGGUUGAUCCCUUCACGACCAGGGUGACUGGCCCUGACGUCGAGAUGUGUGGGAUCAACUGCUGAUUGAAAGGCAAUCUAUGAUAAGCUCGAAACAUCAGAUCUCUUAUUUCAUCUCCUCCUAAUAUUAAGAAACCGUAUUGGCUUCAUCGAAAUUAUUCGUUGGAAUCGGUAGGCAAAGCAUAGUUUUGUUUGGGGAAGUGUUUGUGUAAUAUUAUUGGAUCUUUUGCGUCUGUCCAGGAAACCGGGGACUGCCAGAGGAUGUGUUAUUCAUUUGUAUUUUUAUGUAUCUGAUUCGAUAAAGCAAUUUGAUUUGAUUCGUUCCACA